AAAAAUUUCACAAACUUGACAAGUACUUCAAAUUUCACCACAACUACAAAGAAUGAGGAAGGCUAAAUUUAGGAUCUACGAUGAAGCAGGCUUCUCACUUCAGAAAUUCUUUGUGCCGGUGAGUUUAGAAAGACCUGAUUAGUAAGUGAUUUGCCAAACUUCCAUACCAUCAAACAUCAGAUCCAGAUCUUGGUUGAACAAAGCUAGCUACAUAGCUACCUUGCCAAGUCAUCAGCCCUUUUGCUUUUACGUCCAGACUCGAAAUAUCCUCUCAAUAUGUCGUCCUGGAAUUUGUUAGACGAGAGAGAAGAGGCCGAGCUCCACAAGUCGCGCCUCCUUAACAUCGAGGAGAAACCCUUCAAGCGUGUCACGAAGCGCCUCGUCACCCUCAACACGCUCGUGGCCGCCAAGGCGCGUCAAGCCCCGACACCUCCACCAGAGAGCAGCAGCGCGAACGGCGCGAACGGCGCGGACGCCGAGGGCGCUGCGGCCGAGGCCCCAGCGUCCCCGACCGACCCGCUCCUGGAGAUGAAAGAGGACAUCGUGCUCGACUUUGCGGCCUUCGACGGCAGCGUGACGCGGCUGCAGUUCCUGCUAUCGGCUAACGAGCGCGAGCGGGCGCGGUACGCGGCGGACCGGGUGCGGAUCCUGGAGACGUCGCAGGGGGUCCGCGACAGCACGGCGGGGCUGAGGCAGCGGCUGGAGCGGGCGCGGGCGACGCUGGAGCAGCGGCGCAAGUUCGAUGACCUCGCCGAGAAGAUCACGAGCAACCGGAUGCUGCGGCCGCGCGGCGACCAGGAGGCCAACCUGCGCAAGCUCGAGGACGAGUGCGCCCAGCUCGAGGCCGAGAGCGAGACGUACGCGGCCACCUGGCGCGAGCGCAAGGACCAGUUCAGCCGCAUAAUGGACGAGAGCAUGCGACUCCGGAGGCUGAUCAGGGACGAGAAGGAGGAGGUUGAGCGCCGAGAGGGCAUGGAUGAUGAGGGCGGGCAGGGCGAUGCCGAGGCGGACUCGGUCCAGACACCGAGGCCUGGGUUGGCCAGUGGGAAUGCGACUCCGCGUCCGGAUAGCGGGCUCAUUCCCACGAAGGGCGGACUGGAGAGUGGCGACGCGGCUGGGGCCUCGCGGCCGGCUUCCACCGCCGGAGGGGUAACGCCAGCCAGGGAGAGUCCCGGUCUCGGUGGGGAAUCUCGACCUUCACUCAAGCCGAGACCCGAAGCGGCUGGCAGUUUCUCUCGGAGCGAAAGUCGGGCCGCGAGUAGAAACGCGUCCCCGAAUAGAUCCCGGUCCAGGGAGCGGGAGGAGCCUGAGGAGCCGGAGGAAGGCGAGGAUGUUGAGAUGGAUGACGCCAAGGAGUCUGUUUCCAGUCCCCUGACACCGCUUCCUAGCGAAGUUGAUACCCCUCGGAUCGUUGUCGACAGCCAAGAGGUUGAAGACAAGAUGGACACGACGUGAGGAGUCUACCAGCAGACUAUGAUACAUUCAUGUACUACAGUUAGGAGUUGAUUGCCCGAGGUUGGCAAUAAUCGGCUUGGCCAACAUCUAGAGAUACCCCACCCAUAUGAAG